AAAACAGUAAUGUAUUUUUUAAUAUGAUACACAUUUAAAAAGCAUCCUGAAUAAUGAAUUAACACUGAUUGAUAAGUUCCAUUAUUGAGAAAAGAAAAAAAAGUAUGCUUUAUCUUCUUUCACCACUGUUAAUCAGGAGUGAUAUUUUCAUUGUUUUUCUUGAUGGUUGUAUUUAGCAACCUGCUUUUUGGACCUGAUUGUACUAUACAGCAUUGAGAAAUUCAUAGACCUGGGAUUUGCCAUCAUCAUCCAGGGGAAUAAAUGAUUCAGGUUUUUUCUGUUUUUUGUUUUUUUAAGUAGGCUCCGUGCCCAGUGUGGAGCCAAAUAUGGGGCUUGAACUCAUGGGCCUGAGAUCAAGACCUGAGCAGAGAUUGAGAGUCAGACACCUAACAGACUGAGCCACCCAGGCGCCCCUAAAAGAUUCAGUUUUAAUGUGAAAAAAUAUUUUAGUAAAAGAACAUUGUUUCAGCAUAGACACUGAUAUUUUACUUUUAAAUGUAGGGGGAUUUUAGCUUUUAGGGGGGCUUUUUGGACAGCUUCUUCAGUUUGGUCUAAAUUGUGACUAAAAAGAAUCACUGAAAGGGAAAGACAGGUAUCAGUGUAUUGAGCAGUUGGGCAGAUGUUUGAAUACAGUGUUUUCCCCUAACCAGACGGGUUAGUGUUCUGAAAACCCUGCUGGUGGUUGAGGGAUUAUAUUCAUUCAGGAAAUAUAUCUUGAAAUCUUAUUAACAAAACCUGUUCUAUUCUGGCAACUUGGAAAAAUUGAGUUGAGGAAACCAAACUUUUGAAAGAACCUAUGCAAAGUUUUUAUGUUUUUACAUUCACUUGAAAUAGUAAAAUUAGGAUAUAUAAGACUGGUAACAAUAUAUUUUUAAUGCAUCUCUUAAGUACUAGAAACUUCAGGAUCCUCACACAAUUUUAAACAUGUUUGUAAUUUUCUUAUAGGUAAUAUCCGUAAUACUGGCUUCUUUUCUCCAUUUCUCUAUCCAAGUGUUUUUUUCUGAUUGCAUGGUCCUAGAAAUUCACUAAAUACUUGGAAAAAACUUUAGGUAGCAUUUAUUUAAUACAGUUGGCAUAACUGACUUGGUCAAUUUCAGGUUUUGACUACAAUGCGCAUGAUCAUAUGUAUUUCCAUUUCAUACAUAAUUAUGUGGAGCCCUGGUGCAAGCGAAGCUGCCAGCACGGUGCUGUACAUGUCUGCUCCCUUCCUCCUUUGACCAGUGAUUGCAGCAUGCAGUUCUAAAGUGCUUGAGUUUACAUUCCAUAACUGCCUUCUCUUCUCAUAUCCUACUCUAUUUCCCUUUUCCUAAAUGCAGUGAAACAUUUUGGUUAAUCCAGGCCCCAGAUCCUUGUAUUGCAGGAAAAAGUGUUCAAUAAAGCCAUGAAUAAUAGGAUUUUUAUAUAAGGAUAACUCAGAAGGAGAAGGGUUACUAGACAGGCAUCCCUGAUCUCAUAUACAUUAGCUACUUGUUUAAUUCUAGAAUCACCUGCAGAUCAAAGUUGAUCUUGAGAUAAAGAGUUAGGAUUCUUGCUGCUACUCUGUGUAAUUAAAGUGCAGAUGUCAGUCCAUCUCAAAAAGCCUGUUGAGCACAAACUGAAUAUUAAGGCUAGACUCCAAUUAGCAUUUCCUGGGUUCCUAUAAUGUGCCAAAUAUUGUUCAUAGGAAAAUAAAUCCAUAAGUUGCCACACUAGUGAGAGGGCAGUCUGGAAGAAUUACGGUGGUGUGUGUUCAGGCCGUGUUAGAACUGUGCACAGUGUGCUAUGAAACACGUGAAGGGAGAGAUCUCCAACCUGAGACAAUCACAGCUUUCCCAACUCCAACUCUACACAGGAGCAUAGGACAACUACGCAGGUUUGGGGCACCCUGUCUUUGGAAACAUUUAAUUCUAGUUGGGAUUAAUCAUGUUAUCAGUUGUUAAUGUCUUUGUCCUGCACUGUCCUACCAUUAGGACAGGGAAUGUACUUUAUUCCCCCUUGUCUUGUCCGCCACUGUCUACUCAUUGCUGUUUCAUGUGCUUGGAACUUAAUAGGCAUACCAUAAAUAUUUGUUGAUUGAUAGAUAAAUAUAAGAAUAAAUGGGAUAGACAUUGAGACUGGCUUUAAAGAGAAAUUAGUUUAUGAGGUUGGCAUCACAGUAAUAAUUAGAAUGUAAACCACUGGGCAGUUUGUCGGAAAAGGCAACUAUUUAGGCGAAAGUGGCAGGGGGAGGCUUUUAAAGACAUAUCAGACACAGUUGCUGACUACUGAGGGGAGGUGGGAGGGGUAGCAGGAAGGCUAGAUAUGUUCCAAAGAGGUUUUUCGAACUACGGUUUUUUUGUAAAUUAGCUCUUUACUUAUCUAAAUUAUUUUGGGAACUCUGGCUAUAGCUUAAAGAUACAAGGGUUUCUGAGUUACUUUUACGUUUUUUCUUAUGGGCUAGUGACAUUCCCCAAGGGACAAAACGACAGGAACUCCCGAGUUUUCUUAAAUGCUGGUAAGGAAAGGGUGUGAAAGUGCCAUGCGCAAUAAUUGCUGCAUCUGGCGCAGAUCCCAGGGAAGCUGAUUCCCACGCUGGCCCGCCUCCGCCGCGCAGCCCCGCCUUGCGUGUGGGGUACGUAGCCUGCGUCCCGCACCUUGAUUGGCUGCGUAUACGCCUACAGGUUCACGGGUCUCCUGUGCCCUGAUUGGCUGCGGGUAGAGGGGCUGGGGGCCGGGAUGCUGUACUGCUGAGGGAAAUUCGCGCCCCGGCUGGAACCCUAGUCUCUGGACCCUGACCCUUGUUCCCAGGCCUCGGGAAGACGGCGGGCCACGGGGAACUUCGGCGGGGGGGAGGGGGGUAGAGGAAGGACGCAGCCGGGGACUCGUGAUUCACUGCAUCUUGCACGGAGUGGGCAGUGCCAUUGAAAAGUUUAUUGCAGGGAGGUGACAAGAUCACAUUUUGAGAAGUUGGAGAGAAGCCCAAGUGAUUAACUGAAGCCCUGGAUGAGGACAGGAUCUCUGAGGAGAAACUGUAAGGUAUGAUGAGUACAUUCUGAGUCCCAGGAUGGUGGGAAUUAGCCAAUGGACUGCAGGCCUGCUGUGGAAGUUGCUGAUAAGAUCUCAGCCCUGCAGGCUGUGUUCUUUCAGAAAGAUGCUAUUGGCUUCAAAAUACAGACCCUCUUUAGCACGCUUCACCUAUACAACUGAUCAUCAGUCAAACAAAGAAAAUAAAAGAACGGUGGAAAAGCUCUCUAAAUUUUCAGUGGACAUCAGGAAAAUUCGCAGAUUAAAAGGAUGGGUACUUUUUGAGGAUAAAACCUAUGUUGAAGAAAUUGCAAAUGUUUUACAACAACUAGGUGCUGAUGAAGUGGCUAUAGCCAGUAUUUUGGAACGCUGCCCGGAAGCAAUUGUCUGCAGUCCAACCACUUUUAACACCCAGAAAGAACUCUGGCAGUUGGUCGGCAAAAACGAGCAAGAGUUAGUCAAGUUAAUAGAACAGUUUCCAGAAUCUUUCUUUACUGUUAAAGACCAGGAAACCCAGAAGCUGAACAUUCAGUUCUUUCAAGAGUUGGGACUCAAAGAUGUGGUCAUUAGCAGGUUUAUGACAACUGCAUCUAGUAUUUUUCUUAAUCCUGUUGAGAAAAAUAAGCAAAUGAUAAGUAUUCUCCAAGAGAGUUAUCUAAAUUUAGGUGGCUCCAAGGCCAACCUGAAAGUUUGGUUACUGAAAUUAUUAAGCCAAAAUCCAUUUAUUUUGCUAAAUUCUUCUGCAGCUAUAAAGGAAACACUAGAAUUUCUCCAGGAACAAGGUUUCACAAACUCUGAAAUUCUCCAGCUUCUAUCCAAACUCAAAGGAUUUCUUUUUCAACUUUGCCCAGCAAGUAUACAGAACAGCAUCUCCUUCUCUAAAAAUGCUUUUAAAUGCACAGAUCAUGACCUGAAGCAUUUAGUUUUGAAAUGUCCUGCCAUUUUAUAUUAUUCUGUUCCAGUUUUGGAAGAGAGGAUUCAGGGAUUACUGAAAGAAGGAAUUUCCAUAGCUCAGAUAAGAGAGACACCAAUGGUGCUUGAAUUAACUCCACAGAUAGUACAGUACAGGAUAAGGAAACUGAAUUCCCUAGGUUAUAGAAUAAAGGAUGGACAUCUAGUAAAUCUAAAUGGAACAAAAAAAGAGUUUGAGGCUAACUUUGGCAAAAUUCAGGCCAAAAAAGGAAGGCCAUUAUUUAACCCUGUGGCACCAUUAAACGUUGAAGAGUAACUUGGGGACUGCUGCUGCUUUCCAGCAUUGCAGAGUGCAGCUGAGUAGUGAAGAGUUAAGUGAUUCAGGCAGUUUAUAAGCACUAGUGAUUUUAAGAAAACUGCUUAGCUUCUGAAUUGUGUCUAAGUUACCUCUAAGUAGAUCAUCUCAAUAUAAACUGCAUUUAUUUUAAAUAAAGGUGGUAAUUUUUACCUUCAGUUGCUAUUUCAAAAAACUCCUGUACUAGUAAAUGGCACAUCAAGGUGAUAACUUUAUAAGUGAAUCAUUUCUAAGAAAUCGACAAGUGCACUCCCUUAAUUCAAAGUAUGGAUAUGUUUUUAUUUAUAUAGCACAUUUCAUGUGGGACAUAGACCCAGUGUUCUUCCUCACCACCAGCUCUGAAACAUCAUUCUACCGUGGUCUGAAUCCAGUAGCUUAGUGUUAAGUGAAAUUAGCAAACUUCUAAUACAUUUUUUUUUAAGAGAAAGCUGAUUUCAUCUCUUGGUUGGGAUAAAUGAGUCCCUUUGAGAACCAACUAUUUCUCAUUCAAAAAGAAUAGAGCUUACUCGUGUGGUUAGUUUGUUUAGAACUGACCAUCUCCUCUCAUAGAACUCUUUUAUGUGCAUUCAUUACUUUCCCCAUUUUAUAGAUGAGGAAACAAGCUUAGAGAGGCCUGCCAAGUGAUAGAACCCAGAUUUAAUAUGAUCUGACUUCUGUUCAAACCUGUAAACAGAAAAAGGAUUGCUUAGGAGUUGGCAUUAAGAAAAGCCAUACCCCGGGGCACCUGGGUGGCUCAGUAGAAUAUCAGCUCUUGGAUUAGACUCAGGUCCUGAUCUCAUGGCUCCUCACUCAACAGGAAGUCUGCUUGGAUAUUCUCUCCCUCUGCCCUGUCCUCCUCUUGCACCCUCUCAAAUAAAUGAGUCUUUUAAAAAGAAAAGCCGUACCCUUACCUGACAUGCCAAAGGAGUACCAACAACAAACUUAGGGAUUUUUAUGUAAAAUACCUUACAUGUGAAGUGAUCUAAUUUAUAUACAUUUGAAGUAAGCAGCUUUUUAGAAAACUCUGAAAAUCCAGGUCUGGCUCUGAAAGGGAAAGUGUGUGACGGCUGGUACCGAUUUUAGUAGCAUUCCAAGGUUCUAUUUCUAAAUCUUGUUCCAAGAUAAACAUUAUCCAGAUAAAGUCUGGCUCACUUUCAGCUGUGGAGUUUGAAUUUUGUAACAAAUGCACAACCAAACAGUUGACUCUGACAUUCAAACAUCCAUGUCCUAUGUGUGCAUGGCCUUUUAAGUAAUGCAAAACCUAUUAAAAAUGCAGGCCAUGUCUUUAUUCAUUUAGCAAAUGCAAGUAACCCUCACUAUCCAGAUCUGUUUAGUUCCUUAGGGUGGUGAACGAAACUCCCAUGUAGCACCGACUAAGUGCCAGGCAUGUGUGCUUUAGAACCCUUACAGCUGAGUACCACCAUUUACAAAUGAGAUGCAGGCACAGAGAGGUGUCACUUACCCAAAAUUAAACAGGAAUGUUUGUUCAAGAAAAAGAAUGCAGCAACAGUUGGAGCAGGACUGAGUGUCGAGAGUGGCACAGGGUAAGUGUCCAUCUAAGAAACAGGAUCUUGUUCUAAGUGUGAUGGGAACCCUUUGGAAAGAGUUUAGUUUGCUUGUUGUCUUGACAUAGUUAUCAGUGGUGUGCUUAUCUUCCACUCUCAGAAGUGUCCUAGUUUGGAACAGAUUAUACAUUUCUAUGGUUACCUUCUAUUUUAUUUUAUUUUUAUUUAUUUUGAGAUGCCUACUAGAUAUCUGAGCAGAGAUGUCAAACAGGUAAAUGGUGAAGUCUGGAACUGUGAGAAGUCGGGGCUUGAGAUAGAUAGAUAUUCAGGGAUCAUCUCUGUAUCCCUGGUAUUUUAAAAUUACGACUGUAAAUGAGAUUGCCCAGAAAUAGAUCAUAGAUUAGUAGUAGUGACUGGCCACGCCUGGAAGGAGUUGACCAAAAGAAGAGAUCUGCCAAGAAAAGAGGGCAUGGCCAAUAAUAUUGAAUGCCAUGGAGUGGUCAACUAGGAUACAGAUAAGUGACCAAUGGAUUUGGCAAAAAGGAAAUCACUGGUUGGCCCUAUCAAGAGUGAUUCUGGUGCAAUGAGAAAGGGUAAGAAGGCAACUGGAGUGGGUCUCGAGAACAGGAGACGAGUUAAGAGGCAGGAACUGUAUAAAGUUUUUCAAAAAUGCUGCAAAGGGAAGCAGGAAAAUGAAGGUUGUAAGAUUAGGCAUAUUUUUCUUUAAAGAAAGCAAAUACCAGAAUAUGUUUAUAUGAUGAUGGAUAUGACCCAGGAGAGAGAGAGGGAUGAGAGAUGGAAAAACUGCAGGAUGAAUAGCCUGCAGGAAGUUAAAGUGGACUGACUUUGGAUCAGAGCAGAGAUGGUAGUCCUGUUCCACAGUCAGGGUGUUGGGAGUUCAUGGUGUGAGAGGAGAGUUGCUGUCAGGUUGCCUUUUUUACAAAGGGCAGGAGAAUGAGAGGGGAAUUCUGCAGGAGGGCUGGAAAGAAAAGGUAUGAAAUGGUGGUUUUGAGGGGCGCCUGGGUGGUUCAGUCGUUAAGCGUCUGCCUUCAGCUCAGGCAUGAUCCCAGGGUCCUGGGAUCGAGCCCCGCAUCAGGCUCCCUGCUCUGCUGCGAGCCUGCUUCCUCCU